AUGGGUUUCAAAGAAAAGUUGAACCAAAUAUUCUACGCGUUGAGUACCGAAGAUAGGUACGCUGACUACGAUUCACACAACCAUCAUGCUAGAACUGUUGGUGCUGGUGCCGAUGGUGAUUCAAAUACUUUCCAAUUGAAUGACGCUAAUGGAUUCCAAGAAGAAGGUGAUGAUUCAGGUAUUUAUCAUUCUACUGAAGGUGUUAGUGAAACUAUUUUGGCCUGGAGACAUAUUGAAACUUGGACUAGUGAAAAUCAUAGUGAUUUGAAUGCUUCUUUAGCCGAUCCAUGUACAAGAACUGAUAUUUCAAGAGCUGAAAAGGAUUUAGGUAUAGUAUUCCCACCUCCAGUUCGUGCUUCUUUAAGAAUUCAUGAUGGUCAAGAAGAUAUGGAAAGUUUAACAGGUAUUGGUGGUUUGUUUUUUGGGUUACAAUUGAUGAAUUUGGAUGAAAUUGUUCAUAUGACUAAAACUUGGAGAUUAGUUGCUGAUAGAAUUAAUCUUGAUUCUCAAGUUAAAACAAACUUGGCUGCUACCCAAGCAUUAUUAUCUCCUGCUGGAUCUUCUACUGAAGUUGACAAGACAAAAUCAACAACUUCAUUAAAUGAAACUCAUAAAGGUUUUAAACCAGUUGAUGGUGCAGAUUAUAAAAAUUUAGAUCCAGAUUUAGAAAAAAGAAUUUCUUCAAAUAACUCCAAAAAAUUCAAAUCUCAUAUUCCAAAACAAUUUUCAUGUCCUGCAGGUGCUAUACAUCCCGUUUAUUCUCAUCAAGGUUGGGUUCCUUUAGUUACUGAUAACUCAGGUAAUCAUAUUGGCGUUGAUUUAUCUCCAGCUAAAAAGGGUACAUGGGGUCAAGUCAUCUUAUUUGGUAGAGAUUUCGAUACAAAAUUUGUUUUAGCACCAACUUGGGGUGAUUUCUUAUUAUUAUUUGUUAAAGAUCUUGAAAAUGGUAAUUAUAUUAUUCGUGAAGAAGAAGAUAUGUUUGCAGGUGAAGGUGAAGUUGGAUUUUUCGAUAAAAAAAUCAAUAGAGAAAUUCCAUAUUUACAAGUUUUAGCUCAAAGAAUGAUUAAUCAAUAUAGAACACAAUCAAAAGAAUUACCAACCGCACCAAACUCAGAAACUAAAAUACAGUCUAAAAAGGAUACACCUGUCUCCCAUAUUUUACCAAAAGCUGGUAAUUCAUCAAGUGCUGAUAGAAUUGUUUCAACUGAUAUUGCAAAUGAAUCUAAAUCUAAGAAGGAAUCAGAAGGUAAAAAAACUGAAAAUAAAAUUGAAACUAAAGAAACAAAUGAAGAUGAUUUAUUAAAUGAAGAUGAUGAAGAUACCAAGAAGGACGAUACAGCUGAUCAAUCUGAACAAGAUAUCGGUAAAGAAACUUUAGUUUCAGAAUUUGAAUCAGUUAAAAUUUAG